AUGGCGAAGAAAGGAGGAAAGAGCAAGAACAAGAGCAAGUCCAAGGGUGGCGCUGCCGCCGCGAAGAAGGUUGCCGACACUCCGGCCGCGGUCGUACCCGAGCAGGAGGUCGAGGAGACCGUCACAAAGAGCGAUGCUGAGCCCGAAACCGUGGUCACCGAUGCUGGCGCAGCUGUGACGGCCGAUGCUACCACCGCCCUUCCCGACACUGUCGCUCAAGGCAUCACCACUGCCCCGCCUGCUGACCUCGCUCCGGAGGCAUCCACCGCGGACGACGCCUCUCUUCCUAAGGUCGACGAGCCUGCCACCGAUGUUGUCACAGAGGAGGAGCCUGUUACGGUGGCCGGAUUGACCACUACUACCUUGCCCGAGCGCCCCAAAGAUACUGCUGUGGAACCGGAGAGCCAGGACCAUCAUGCGAAGAGACCCUAUGAGAGUAGUCUGUUCCAUAAGGAGGAAGACCACAAGCCGCCCAAGAUCCCCAAGGUCGAGGAUGACUUGGAUGCUACCACCUCCGCUAAGGCUGUUGAGCCCGUCGGCCAGGAUACCGUUGGCGCGGCUGCCCUUCCUGCUGGCGAGACCAUUGUGCAGCCCCAAAUGGUACCGGGUCUGGGCACUGACCCCUCGGACAACGUGGAUCAGUUGGAGGCCCCAGAGCUGAGCAAGGACACGGCCGCUCCUGUCGAGGCUGCCGCUACUAUCCCCGACGCCGCCAAACCCGCAACCACGGACGCCGUGGUUGACAAUGCCGCCUCUGAGACUGUUGCUCCUGUCUCCGCAGCCCCUGUCACUGAUGCCGCAGCCCAGCCCGAAAUUAUUGGCGCUAGCGAAGCCCCUGCUACCGAGAAGCUCGACGCCCCUGCUGAUGUCGCCCCUGCUGAUGUCGCCCAGACUGAUGUGAAGCCCGAGACUCUGGAAGAGGCUGCUGGGGAGACGUCGAAGGAGGAGACAGCUCCAACUGAGCCUUUGACUACCGCACCAGCUGCCGAGCCGGCUAUUGUUGUCCCUUCCAGCAUUACGGACGCGGAUACGAAAGCCACUGAUGCGGCUGUAAAGUCCGCAGCCGAGUCUGCUCCAGCCACCGAGGCCCAGGAGCCUCUGCAGGCUGCGGAAGAGAAAGCGGACACAGCUAAUGCUGAGGUCCCAGCUGCUGCCAAGGCUAACGCUCCGGAAGAGAGUGCUGCUGCAUCGAAGGUAGAGGAACCUCAGCCCCAGACCACCGAAUCUCAGCCGGGUUCCGCUACCAAGGAUGCGCAGAAGACCGACGAGGUUCCUUCAUCAGAGAUCAAGUCCGAGCCCCAGGAGACCCCAGCUGUGCAAGACACGCAAGCUGCGGGAGCCACGGAGGGAACCACUGAGGGAACCACGGGCGCUCAAGGGCCCGAGAGCAAAUCGGCGGCCGACCAGGGCAAAGAUACGGCCAAGCUGGCUGCCAACCGGGCUCAAGAGUCUGCCAAGUCCGAGGCUGCAAAGGGCAAUGCCGAAAAACGCAAGACCGGUCUCUGGUCAUGGCUCAAGCGCAAGGUCAAGGGCGACAAGAACUAG